AUGGGCGACGCAACCCGGCCAUUCAGGCCUAUUGCUCCCCGGACCUCAACUCCAGGCGGCGGAGCUGGAGUUGGUCCGCCCAACAAUGGAGGACCUUCAGAUGAAGGUCGAAUGAAAAGGGCCUCAACGGCGUGUAAAGAGUGCCAAAAAAGACGAACAAGGUGUAGUGGGGUGCCUUGCACUGAAUGUCAAGCGCAUGAGCGAGAAUGUGUAUUCGACGAAUUAUCCGACAGGCGCCGUAAAGCCUCAGCGAAAAAAACACAGGAAGAGCUCAACAACCUGCGAGAUUUCUUGGAUCAGUUGCUGGGAGCAUUUCGCAGCAAUGAUAGUCAGGCCGUGCAACAUCUUGUCAACACCAUCCGCUCCGGGGCAUCACACGAGGAAAUCCACCGCGCCAUCCUCGAAAUCCACUCGCAAACAUCCGGAUCCCCAUCCCAUCCAGCCAGUUUGGAUCCCAACGUCAUAAGUGAUCACAUGAAUAUCUACUUCAGAUCUUAUUGA